AUGUAUAUUACAGAUUUCAAAGAUAUUGAAUCAAAACGUGUUAAGGAAAGACUAGUUGAAAGUGCCUAUUCUAAAGUUUAGAUCUGGAGGAAAAUUUUUCUGGAAGGUUUAAUCAAUGAAUAAGGAGAAAAAUAAUAUUAUACAUUAAAUGAAGCUUCUAAUUUUGUAGGCAUUCCUAAAAAGACUUUGGAAGACUAUACUCAAAUCUUUCAUAAAGUGGAAUUAAUAGCAUCUGUAUAUGAUUUCUAAGGAAAGAAGAUGGGAUUCUUAAGACAAUUUAUAAGAAAAAAUAAAUCAAAAAUUAGAAAAGCCUUAUUUGCUGAAAGAUUAAGACAAUACUAAAAAAAACAAGAAAACUUAAAUAAAAAAUGCAUAGAGGAUAGCUCAAAUAAACUUGACGAACUUUCAUCAUUUAAUGAUAAAGAAUCAACUUCUUAUAAAAUUUCAGAUACUCAUUUAUUUGAUUUGUAAUCAGAAGAAUAAAACUUUUACUAAGAAAGUCGUGUCUUUUUACCAUAUUAAAAAUUUUGA